AUGUUGAAUGGUUUAUACAAAGGUGCUAAAUAUACUAUAACACAUGGUGGUGAUAAAUGUAUUUUGGUUAUUAAUAAUGUUAUACCAGAUGAUGUUGAUGAAUAUAGUAUUAAAGCACGUAAUAAAGCACCAACAAGAUUUCGUUUACCACUCAAAUAUCAAAAUAUUCUUAAUUAUGAAAAAGGUGAAUCAGUUGUUGUAAAAAUUCUUUAUACUGGUGGUCCAUUACUUAAUGUAAUGUUAUCAAAAGAUGGAAAUGAUAUAACAAAAGAUAAAAACGUUUCAAUUGAUAUUAGUAAUCGACCUAUGGCAUUAACUAUUCGAAAUGGAAAUAAAAAUACAACUGGUCAUCAACCAGAACGAGUUACACUUAAGCAUGGAAAUAUCUAUGAUUAUUACGAUAUUGUUAAAGAAAUUGGACGGUGA